GCACGGCCCUGUCCGUGGUGCUGCCGCCGCCCGCAUCCUGUUGCGCUGGGAGCGGAGAGCGGCGGCUGCCGAGGGAGGCUCUGCCCUGAUGCCAACAAUGGCUGCGCUGCACAGGAUGCUCCGAGCGUCCGCGGCCGUGGUGCUGCUCUGGGCUGGUGUUUGCUCUGCAGUAUGUGUUGAAGUUCCAUCAGAGACAGAGGCAGUCCAAGGAACACACAUGAAGCUGCUCUGCAUCUCCUGCAUGAAGAGGGAAGAGGUCACAGCCAGCACGGUGGUGGAAUGGUUCUACAGGCCGGAGGGUGGAAAGGAUGAACCUAUCUACGAGUACAGGAAAACCAACCAUGAGUUUCCAAGCCGCUUCAGUGGCCGGUUGCAGUGGAAUGGGAGUAAAGACAUGCAGGACGUCUCCAUCACUGUGUUAAAUGUGACCCUGAAUGAUUCGGGUAUCUACACCUGUAACAUCACCCGGGAGUUUGAGUUUGAGAUUCAUCGGCCUCUCUUCACAAGCUCCAGACUGAUCCACCUCACUGUGGUGGAGGAGGCUGGAGAAGACUUCACCUCGGUCAUCUCUGAAAUUAUGAUGUAUAUUCUGCUGGUCUUCCUCACCCUGUGGCUGCUGAUAGAGAUGGUCUAUUGCUACAGGAAAGUCUCCAAGGCAGAGGAAGCUGCCCAAGAAAAUGCGACAGACUAUCUUGCAAUUCCGUCAGAAAACAAGGAAAACUGUGCUGUGCCUGUGGAGGAAUAGCAGAGAGGAGUCAUCGGAAUGAACGGCACCAAGGGGCUCUGAAGACAGAAGGACCGCAUCAUGCCAGCCAGGUUUGAGGGGGAGCUCUGCGCCGUCGGGAGGAGAUACGGGGAAGUGUAUAUUCUCUUCCAUUUGCCUUGGACUCUGUACAGCCUUGACUUUGGCCUCAUGACUCCAUUCUGAGCUGCCAGCCCAUUUGCUAAAGGACUCUUCUUUUGAAGCAUGCUGAGCAAAGGGCACAGGGGUGUGGGCAGCACGGCUCCUUCCCAAGGUUCUGUUCCAUCAUCACGUUAAUGGCUUUGUAAAUGUCAAGUGUCAUUUCUUAGCUGCUGUCACCACCACCUUUAUUUGCUGACUAUGCUAGUUCUCCAUUGCAGAGCUAAAGGGUAUGUAUGUCAUGAUACUCUGACCUAUGAGACUGGGAAUGAGGUCAUCUUAGGGUGAUGUUCCACCAUGUCUUACAGCCCAUGCAGUCUUAUUGGUGUUAAAACAGGAAGAAUUUCAUUAAGUCAUUGUUGCUUGGCAAGUUGCUCUGGACUUUGGGUUGCCCAUGCACAGGCAGGGUAGGAUGAGGACUGUGAUGGUGUUAGAAUGGGUCCCCCUGUGCCCUGUUCACGCUUGCUGUUGGAGGAGGGAACUGAGACUAUAGAUCCUGAAGUAGCCCUACUUCAGGAAGCAGUACUAUGUAAGUAUAAGAAUCCCCUUUAUCCCCCCCCUUUUCAUUUAGCAAGCACCAAACGCCUUAGUUCCUUCCUUCUGCCUUGCAGAGCAGGUUUAUUCCUCAAGUGCCCAGAGACACAGGGAUAGGAAUAACCUGCGGAGCCACGUUCUGCGACAACAGGCAAGUAGGCAAAGCAAAGUCAAUAGGAUGCACAGCCUUCAUAGGAAAGCUUUAUAAAAUGGUAGUGCUGUUAGUAACUGAUGGUCUCCUUAUUCUAUAGCGCAGCACCAUCUAGAGGAAUAGACAACACAUGCUUAUUUUUUCCUAGGUAAUAGUAUUUCUUGCUUGUGGCAGUCACCGGUUUGAGUAGUAGGCAUUUAUUGUAAGUGAUCCACUGAUGCACGGGAAUCCCACUGUAUGUUCAAUGUUUCCCAUGCAACUCUACCUUUUCAGCUGUAGCGGCUGUUUCUGGCCUCAGAUGUAACCGGUCAAGCUCAACAGCCAGGAUUACAAAGAGGGAAUAAGGCAGCAACUGGCCAGGGUGGAAUUGUCCCUUAAAGACCAAAUGGGGAAGGUUUAUUUUUGCAUCUAGCAGACGUUGUUACAUCCCUGCUGCAAUGGAGCCUCUACUGCUUGCAAGAGUUGACAAAUUCUGCUACACUGACCGCUUCUAAAUAGUUACCAAGUGCUUGUGAAUCCAGGCAUGCUUCCCACAUACGGAAUUUCCCCUGCUUUGUUCUGCUGCUUUUUGUGUGUUGCUGAAAUCACAGAAAUUACUCCGUUUGUAAGUCAGGCCCAGGCCAGAUUCCCAACUGGCAGGCAUUCAAAAUUCCUUUUUUGGAAUGGGUGUUACCUUUAGUACAGCACAGCCGCCCUCGUAGGAUCGCUCUCGAGUCCAGAGCCGAGCCUGGCAAUGUGAGCACGUCUUCCAGACACUUGUAGUCUUGGAAGUAUCCUCCUUUGAACCCAGUAGCCUAAAGGCUAAAAAGCAGCUCCUUGUUCAGCUGCGUGUCUUCAUUUUGGGCAUAAUCCUAACUCUAAACCCACAGCACCAGAGGAAGGACUAGAUGGUAACUCCGGAGUAUCUGUCACUGACCACGGCAUUGACGCCUGCGGUGAUUUUUAGGUAAGGCCAUGUAACCUCUCUCCCACUUUAGCUCCACUCCUCAGCCCCCUGAAGCAUUGGUAACCCUCUGGUGUCAUAGUAUGAGCUCAAGAAAGGGGUAAACUAAGAACUUGGUGAGAGCUACCUCAGGUGGUAAAGAAGGGCCAUCCUCUAGUCCUGCACCUUCGGUAUCUUGCACGCAUCUUCUUAAGAUGCUUUUUCUUGGACGUAUCUUUCACUUUUCCAGUUCCUGCAGACAGAUAUUGUCCUGUGUUGUUCUAGGCAGGAGAAAAUGGUGUGUAAAUAUGACAAAGGAACAAAAGUGAUUUUGCAGGGGUGGUGGUGCUGGACGAGAUGGUCCUGGUUGGUGUCUGAAAAGACUCUGUACUUGGGAAUGACAGAAGAGCCUUCAGAACAGGCAGGGUAAUAAAGAGAACAAAGCACUCACGAGUCGCACUGCUUGUUGGAUAGAUUUUGUUUUAAUUUAUACUGUACUUCCAUUGUACUAGCUACUUUACAUUAAGGUUUGGCUGCACAGCCUUUACGACUCCUAGGUUCUAGCAGGUAAGUUUCAGUAUCAUUUUACCGUGUUCUUGCGCACAGCGCAAAGUUUAUGACAGUUAGACAACUCCUAAAACAAAACCGUGGGGUCCUCCCCCUCACCCCAGAGUUCACCUUAGUGCUACAGGCCCUAGGCAACAGCCCCCCACCUCCUGGGCUCAGGGGGAACCCCAUAAGGGGUGAUUGUACCCCUCGUUCUGUGCCGAUGGGAUGCGAUCCCCGUUAAGUCGCAGUUACACACAGUAGUUGGGUUGCAGUAUCCAGCGCCUUGGGGGGAGAACACGCUCCCAGGUUUAUAGCAGCUUUGCCCAGCCCCUGGAGCAUACCAUGGGAGAAGGAUGCCACCAGCAUGGUCACGUCCCCGAGGUGCCACAGCCCCAUGAUGCCACUCCUUGUAACGCUGCAAUGGCUCUGCUGCUCCUCCCUCUGCCCCGACCAAGAGCCAGGUUAGUGCUACUGUAUCUGCUCCAUUACGUGCUGUCAUGAUGGAGGUGGGCUUGUGAGGAUGGGGAGCGAGGUGUGGGUGGCACAGGCUCCACCUCUUUGCAGGAUAAAGAUGCUGUUUUGUAACAGGCGCUCUCCCAAAUCCCAAAUCUGGGGCAGACUGGGGCCGAAUGAGACACAACCAAAUGGCUCUAGAACCUGAGCUGCACAUU